UGUGCUCACACGUGCCUCGAAAAAGCAAGCCAUUCACCCGCGUACAUUUUGAAUUCAUUUCAUUUCCAUUUCAUUCGCCUCCCUCCCUCCCAAAACACACAAUAAAACAAACAAACACAAUAUUAUUAUAAUUAUAUUUCUCUCAUAAGCAAGCAGAGACCUCUCGGCGGUCAACGGUGCCCGGUGAUUCAUGAAGACCACAACCUUGAAGAGGAGAAGGGGCGGAAGCGCUAGCAGCAGCAGUAGAAAACAAACAAACAAACUGAUGAAAGGUUCACUAGCAGGCCAUUUAUCUGCUCAGUUAGGUCAAAUCACUUUCAAACCUCCGCUCAACAACAAUUCCUCUCGAUUUCAAACUCUUCUCGAUCAGGUCUCCUCGCAUGAUGCAUCGGAAUCCGCUCCCUCAGCCACGCUUUUAGAUUUCGAUGUUGAUGCCCAGGACGACAAAGAUUUCAUUCUCAGCCAGGACUUUUUUUGCACGCCAGACUACAUUACUCCAGAAGUCCCACCUUUGCCUGUUACUACUGUAGGCUUCAAUACUAGGUUGGAAGAGUUGCCAUGUCCAAAAUCACCAGAAAAGUUAAAGUCUGUUAGAAGCAAAAGGCAAAAACAAGCACUUUUGGGACUGGAAGAAGAUGAUCUACCAGUAGAAAGUGAAACUGAUAAUCAAGCACCAACUGAACCUCACUUAAACAAGCAGGGUUAUGUUUCCCAGUCUGCUGUGGCAUUACGUUGUCGAGUAAUGCCUCCUCCUUGUAUGAAGAACCCUUACAUUAAGGAUGCUUCAGAAAAUGAUGCUGACCCAUUUGGAGACCGCAGAUCAAAAUGUGCAGUUUUCUUUCCUGCUGCACUUGGUGGUGAUGGUCUUUCUCGCUAUCGAACAGAUUUUCAUGAAAUAGAGCAAAUUGGCACUGGAAACUUCAGUUGUGUAUUCAAAGUCUUGAAGAGAAUUGAUGGUUGCAUGUAUGCUGUGAAACGCAGUACAAGGAAAUUGCAUCAGGACACUGAAAGGCAAAAGGCUUUGAUGGAAGUUCAAGCUUUAGCUGCAUUAGGAUAUCAUGAUAACAUUGUUGGAUAUAAUACUUCUUGGUUUGAAAAUGAGCAAUUAUACAUCCAAAUGGAACUCUGUGAUCACAAUAUAUCUAUCAACCAUGCAUCUAAAAUAUGCUCAGAAGGUGAAGUGUUGGAAGCAAUGCAUCAGAUAGCCAAGGCAUUGCAAUUUAUACACGAGAAAGGGAUAGUUCACUUAGAUGUGAAACCUGAAAAUAUAUAUGUGAAGAAUGGUGUUUACAAGCUUGGUGAUUUCGGUUGUGCAAGUCUUCUUGAUGGGAGUUUACCUAUCGAUGAAGGUGAUGCAAGAUACAUGCCACAAGAAAUCUUGAAUGAUGACUAUGAUCAUCUAGACAAAGUUGAUAUAUUCUCUCUUGGAGCUACUAUUUAUGAAAUCAUAAGGGGUUCAACACUGCCGGAUUCUGGACCCUAUUUUCAAAAUCUUAGGGAAGGGAAACUACCUCUUCUUCCUGGUCAUUCGGUACAAUUCCAGAAUAUACUUAAGGCAAUGUUGGACCCUGAUCCAGUUCGGCGUCCAUCCGCUAAAGAACUAGUAGUGAACCCAAUCUUCAACAGGCCUCACAGAACAUUUAAACCCAAAUAAACUCCAUUUCUGCAUCACAUUCUACUGUUUAUGAAGGGAUUUGUAAUCAGAACACGAAGAACAAAAAUCGUAAAUUUAAGAAGUGUAUUUUCUUCAGUAGUUUGCACCAAAUUUUGCAUUCCAAUGGUGCUUUUACUUGCCCUUUUUGUAAAAAGAAACAUUGUGCUCUGAUUGUUAUAAUAUCAAGAUUGUUACCUUCUUUGGGA